CUUUGUUAUGAGGCGGACAGUGAUGAAAAAAAAGUACUGUUACAUUCAGUUGUUGAUGGGAGCAUUGAAUAACAUUGAAUUUUACAAACCUACAAAUUAAAUUCACCCAUGAAAGCACAUACCAGACCCCAUUUGUUUGUCAUAUUCUCUUGCCUCCUAUGAGAGCCUCUUGCUUUAAAUACUCCAUUCUGAUCAAAUUUAUUGCAGGCACCAACCAAAACGCUUCCCAAAUCCCAUAGAAACUCAAACACCAUCACAUCCUCAGCCUCCCCUCAUUCCUCACACACAGACAAAAUACACAAAACAUAGAUCCAAUGGGAAAGAAAGCUCUCAGACUUCCCUCUCUUUUCAAAACCAAAGAACCACCAAGAAACCAUCACCACCACCACCUUCUUCACAAUUAUCAUCCAUGGCAAUUCAUACCCUCUUGCGGCCACUCCAAGACUCUCUCUUUCCGAGGUGCUGCCGACGAUGACAUCUUCAAGACAGUUAACUCCGUCUUCUUUGACCCUUCCGAGAGUGUCAUCGAAACUCCCAAGUCAUGGUUCACCACCUCGUCCGAAUCCGCCAGCAUCUCGACCGAGUCAGAAGACUAUUACUGCUGCGACGGGGAGUCUCUGGAGAUGUUGGUGCGUGGUGUGAGAUCAGAGAGGCUUUUCUUCGAGCCUGGUGACACAAGCUCCAUCUUGGAAAAGGCCAAGGCCAGUGGGUUUCCCUUCAAAGAAAGUGUGGUUCUUGCCAUGGAAUCAGAGGACCCUUACGAGGAUUUCAAGAGAUCAAUGGAGGAGAUGGUGGAAUCUCAUGGAGUAAGAGACUGGGAGGGCUUGGAGGAGCUUUUGACUUGGUAUCUCAAGGUCAAUGGCAGGAACAAUCACGGAUUCAUAGUCGGUGCUUUUGUUGAUUUGCUCUUUAGUUUAGCAGCUUCUAACGAUUCUAACUCUUGUUCUGAUUCAACUGCAUAUUCUUCUGCUAUUUCUUCUUUUGCUUCUUCCCCCUUGUGUCAUGAGAUUGUCGAGCAUGGCAUUGGGAAUGAUGAUGCUGUAACAUCUUAGCAUUACCAGUUAUUUCUCCUAUCCUUCUGCU